GCUCCUGUUCAGUACAUGACGAAUGCCGUCGCGGCUCCUGCUCCUCCAAUGAAUAUGAUUAAUUCACAAGGGUCCAAUCUCUUACCUGGUUUGAAUACCGCAAUGGCUCCAUCUUCCCUUCCUUCAAAUGGUACAUCAGCAGGAAAUCUUGCUCAUCCAUCUGUUGGGACAGUUUCCCAAGCAGCUCCUAUAUCUCAAUCUACGGACACGGUUCCUGGAUAUGAAGGGAUACCUAGUGGUGAUGAAGAUUGGAAAGUCAUACCUCCUCCAGCUGAAGAGAUCCCAGCUCCUGAGUCUGUGACCUUUGCUGACAGCACCAAAUGGAUAUUCCCACCAAACACAGAAAAUGAUGCAAAACAAGCAUUCCUAAAAUACGCCAAGAGAAAGUGCUGUUAUGGCACUGCUCCGGCAAGAGGAAUGACCAUCAAGGAAUUCAUGUUCUUUGGCUUGCAUAGGUAUCGUCUGGAAACCUUCACCGAGUCUCGAGCCUGUAAAUGGGUGGUGGAACACUAUGUUGGUCAAAAUGUAGAUUCUCAACCCAAUGGAACUGUUCCACGGCCAUGGGAGAUCCAAGUGCAGAACCCAGCUCCAUUCAAAGAUGGAAUGCGCAAAGUAACCGUUCCUAAAACCACUUCCCUCAAGAUUUGUCCAAAGUGUACGGGAAUCGGAGUAGUUUUAUGCCAAAAAUGUAAUGGAACUGGUAGAGUGGAAUGCUGGAUUUGUAAGGGGACUGGCCGAUGCAUGCGGAGGGAAAUGUGUAACAAUUGCUAUGGAAGCGGAACAGAAUGCUGCAGAAUAUGCCUGAAUAGUCAAAGGCCAUGCAUGGGUUGUCGUGGCAAAGGGCAAAUAAUAAAUUGCAUCCAGCUGAUGAUUACAUGGAAGAGCUACAUUUCUGAGUUUAUUGAUGUGCAUAACACAGAAUUUCCCAAUGAGCUUUUCAAGAAAGCAACUGGAAAUAAAAUUUAUAUGGACGAACAGGUGGUGACACCCCUCUUGAAUACUCCUGUGCCCUCCAUUACUAAUGCCUCUCAGAAUGCUCUGGCACAACAUCGCAGACAGUUCUCUUCUUGCCGUAUUCUGAGACAGAGACAAAGUGUCGAUUGGCUGCCAUUCACAAAGGUGGUAUACACCUGGAAAGGGAAUGAAUUCUGCUACUUUGUAUAUGGAAAAGAAAACCAGAUCCAUACAGUGACCUACCCAGUCAAAUGUUGUUGUGUAAUCACAUGACCUAUACAAAGAAAGGAUCCUAUUGCAGUCAUGUGACCUUCUC